GGGAUUCGGAAUUUAUGGUAAAAGUGCUAAUUGAGUGAGAAUUGUGAAGGUUGUGACCAGAAUGCAUCGAGCCAACAAUCGUCAAACAUUCUCUCAAUUCGAGGAUCUUCCGCACAAUCACUAUAGAUGUCAUAAUGCCAAUCAACCUCAAGAGCAACUUCGUUCAUCAUCUAGGCAAUCGUCUUCGUCUGCUACAUCAACAUGAACUCACAGUUGACAAUAACCACAUACGAAUCAUGAGUCAUUGGGAUCGAAAAUCACGCAAAGACGAUGUUUAUCCGGGAGGGUUAUCAUCUUCGUCCUCACGUGGACACAAUACAGAGUUGACAGCUUCAAAAUAUAAUCGCCAAUCCACGGACGCAAGAAGCUGGGAGACGAAACGUGGUCGAUCGCGUUCUCCUCACAGACGGUCAACUGCAACGAAGAUCGUGUCAUCCAACGAAACUAAAGAUAUUAACCGUGGAAAUUCACCAUCUGAAAAGGCUGGAGUUAUACUAUUCAAUGACACUGCUGGACCUAGUCAUUUGAUGUGUCAUGGAAAGCGACGACGAUUGCCAGAUCAAGAACAGCAUUCUCGGAAUGAACAUGAAUAUGAACCCCGAUUAUCGAGUGAAAAAUCAGAAACCAAUCUGAUUAAUUUCUCAUUUUUGGAUCACAAAAGCGCAUUAAAUCGUGUACUUUUGGGUUACUGCAGUCGAGAUCAGCUUGUUAGCGAUCCCCACGAUUUCUGGCUGUUUGUUAACAAGUACGAAGUUCUUCUGAAGAAAAGUGGUCAAAGUAUUUUGCCGGAACCAAAAAGUCUGACCGAAUUGCGAACCGAUGAACCCAUUCAGAAACAGUACAACAAGGCCUUCAGUACAACGUUUUCCUUGACCGUUCCGUUCGAGGAGCUUUAUAGUCGAUUGCGGCAUACAGACGGUAGCGACAAAUUCAGUAAACUGCAACUGAAGCAAUUUUUGCAGAUAGUCGUACACUAUCUGGAUUUCCGCCAGAAGGAACGAUUUGAUAAGCUAAUAAAACUACGGGAGGCUCAAGCUAAUCUUCCAGUGGCCAAACAUCGAGAUGAAAUAAUGGCGGCAGUGAAAAAUGAACAAGUAGUUAUACUUGCAGGUGAUACAGGUUGCGGUAAAUCUACGCAAGUACCGCAAUAUUUAUAUCAAGCUGGAUUCGAUAAAGUAGCUUGUACGCAGCCCAGGCGAAUCGCCUGUAUAUCGUUAUCUAAGCGAGUUGCCCAUGAAAUGUUAUGCGAGUAUGGAACUCAGGUUGGCUAUCAGAUUCGAUUUGAGCGAAGUAAAAGUACCAAAACAAACAUAUUGUUUAUUACGGAAGGCUUACUAUUGCGUCAACUUUCGGCGGAAGAUAACCUUUCACAAUAUUCGGUUAUUAUAUUGGAUGAAAUACACGAGCGACAUCUGCAUGGAGAUUUUCUGCUUGGUAUCACAAAAUGUCUGAUCAGAGCGCGACCGGAUCUCAAGAUAGUACUCAUGUCUGCCACAAUCAACAUAAAAUUAUUCGGUGAGUAUUUCGCCGAAGAAAAAGCUCAAAUUAUUGAGGUACCCGGUCGAUUGUUUCCUAUCAAACUGCACUACAUGCCACAAGUACCGGAUGCAUUUGGCAGCAAGCAAAAAACCAGUGAUCGUAUCAAUCCAGAGCCCUAUGUGCAGCUUUUGCAGCUUAUCGAUAAAAAAUAUCCCCCGACGGAGAAGGGUGAUGUCCUUGUAUUCCUCAGUGGAUUGAAUGAGAUAACUUCAAUCGUGGAUGCUGCUAAAGAGUAUUCAGAAAAGAACAAAAACUGGAUCAUUCUUCCGUUGCACAGCACCCUAUCCAUAGCUGAACAAGACAAGGUAUUCGAUUAUGCACCGGAAGGAAUGAGGAAAUGUAUCAUAUCGACCAAUAUAGCGGAAACAUCGGUGACAAUAGAUGGAAUCCGGUUUGUUAUAGAUUCUGGGAAGGUCAAAGAAAUGAGUUUUGACCCAACAACAAAAAUGCAAAGGCUAAAGGAGUUUUGGAUUUCGAAGGCAUCAGCUGAACAGCGAAAAGGACGAGCUGGAAGAACUGGGCCUGGAGUUUGCUACAGAUUGUACUCGGAAAAGCAGUUCUACGACUUUGAGGCGUACACUACGGCAGAGAUAUUGAAAGUUCCACUGGAGUCAUUGCUCUUGCAGAUGAUUUCGAUGGGACUUCCCAACGCCCGUUUGUUCCCGUUCGUCGAAGCACCUCCGUCCGAAAAUAUUGAGAAUGCAAUCAUGAAUUUAAAACAUCACGAAGCAUUAAUGGCUGACGAAAAGCUGACUGUUUUGGGAAAAGCACUUGCAAAGAUUCCAGUAGAUAUAGGAAUUGGCAAAUUGUUGCUAAUGGGAUGCGUCUUCCAGCAACUGCAACCAGUACUGACACUGGCUGCUGCUCUGAGUGUUCAGUCACCGUUUACCGUUCGUGCCUAUAGAGAACCUGAAUGUGAGCGAGCUCGCAAAUCCCUCGAAUCGGAUCAUGGUGACCCAAUUACGUUGCUGAAUGCGUACAAAGAAUGGUUGGAGCUUAAACAGAAUCGUGUAGAUUACAGGAGGGAUGAGCAAGGAGAAAGCACUAAAAGGUGGUGCCGUAGACGGGGGCUUGAGGAACAACGGUUCUACGAAAUCACUAAGCUUCGAAGGCAGUUUGGAGAUCUUCUACAGGACUGCGGUUUGAUGGAGAAUAUAAACACGGAAAAUUUGACCAGUGCAGACCGUGCAAUCCGGCAUGGUGAGCUACGACAACUGAAGGAACUGCGACGGGCGCAUCGGAUGGAAGCUCCCCGAAGAAGGAAGAUUUUGAAAUCUGAUCCAUGGGGAACUGAGGAAGGAGAGGAAGAUGAUGGAAAAGUUGAUAUAAGAGAUGUAGAAUUUCGAUUAAGUCAUGAUUCUUCGAAGUUGCAAGAUCUCGUUUCUGGAGCCACAGCGUGCAGUUAUAGAGACUUGAUGACACUGAAAUUAAUUUUGGUGAGUGGUUUAUAUCCACAGAUCGCAAUCGCUGAUGAGUAUAACUAUUGUAAGAGCCCUACUGAACAGUUCUUCCACACAAGAGCCAAACCAUAUGUGUCACUUCAUCCGAUGGGGUAUUUCGGAAACAACGCACAAGUGCUCCAACUCGCUGAGGAUAACAUAAUAGAAAAGACAGGACUGUAUAAAUCUCGUCUGCCGCUCAGUUCCAACCACCAACUCUUAUGCUAUUUGACUUUGCUGGAAACGAACAAGACUUAUCUGAUGAAUACCCUUCGGAUGCCAGCAGCUCAAACACUUCUCCUGUUCGCACACACAAUCGAUACCAAUCUAACGAUGUCUCGUCUUGUUUGUGAUUCUUGGUUGUGUCUGGAUUUCCCUUCUCCGGAAAGUGGUCAAACGUUACUUCUGAAAGCUACUAAUUUGAGACGUUUGUGGAAUAAAAUGUUAGCGGAGAAAUUGAAAGUUCUCACACAAACUGCCGACGAAGCGUUAGGCAAAAAUGAACGGGAGAAAUCUAUUGAGCAGACAAAUUAUGAAUUAUGGCAGGAUUUGGCUCAAUUCAUGAACACCGAGGUAUGUUAUACUAUCAAAAGGUUACUUCCUGCCGAUGCGAAAAUUUUGUACAAAGAAUCAUUGUCGGAAAUGCCAGUGGACCUGGAGCCGAAUCCCUUUGCCGAAGAAUUUUCGCUAGUUCCAAAUGAACUCAAAGGAGGAGUGCAUAUUUCGGAGAAUAUUUUAUAUGCUUGUCUGGCGGAAACUGAUUGGAGUAUGCAAAUGUAUGAUGAUAUAAUAUCUAAUGAUUGGGAAUGUACCAACUGCAACUGUACAUACAAUUUAACUGGUAUCCAAAAACUACAACAUAAAAUCGUGUGCAAACCAAGUGCGUCAGGAACGGAAUCACUAUCGACGACACCGUCCUCCAGUGGCAAACAAAAACCUAAUUCAAAACAAUUCCAUUGUCCAGUGUGCGAAACAACUUUGUCUCUUACAGCCAUUGACAUUUUGAAGCAUAAAAAGUCCUGCAUCGAAAAAGUAGAUAAACAAGUCAACUAAAUUUCUACAAUAUUUAUUGCUUUACAUGGAUGUUAAUUAAAACAGUUUAAAUGACCUAUUGAAUAAAUAUUACACGACAAGAUUGAUAUUCGA